AUGGCAGUGGCAGGGUUUAUGACGAUGCCGAGAGAAGUGAAGUUUAGGCUGGAACCGCGAGGGAGCUGGGUUACCCGUAUCAUCGAUGGAGAGGGGAGGAAUGUGGAGGAAAAAAUGAAUCAUUUGAUGGGAGUCGUCGAUGGCGAGACGUGA